AUGUCGCAUCGUCGUGCCGAUAGCCAGGAAACUCUAGUCCUUGGAGAACGUCGCGAUCGCAGCCCGCCACGGCCUCCAGCUUUGGAGGAGCACUUGUGUGCACGAAGCCCGGGUGUCGCCUUGAAGGCCGAGUGCAGGCUCGUGUGGACUCGGAUGCGAUGCGAAAAUGAGCUGCAUGGCAUUGAGACCGUGCCAUUUUCGACCUUCUUCGCGGAGUACAUGACCAUGUUCACCAGUGGAAAGCAGAUGCAGGGAAUACGGACGAGCAGAAGCCGUUCUCGACUUCGAAGGGGUGAUGACAAUGAAUCUCGCCGCCAACAAGAUGCAGCUCUUCAGGCCCUUCUUCCUUCCAAUGGUCAUGCUGGUGCUUCGACGGCAUUGGGAUCGCUGCUCGCCCGAGAAUCCGAUGUGGAGGCAGGAGGCGCUUGGGAGCUGUCUUCCUCGUCUGCCCGCUGA